UUUCUAGAGGUCCAGCAGGCGGCGCUUAGUCCAUCCUCUCCGGAAAUGACGCGGCGCGUGCGAGGCGGAAGCGGAGCGCGUUGCUAUGGGCCGUCGCAGCUGUUGUUGUGAUCCUCUGAAAGAAGCAGCGUUCAGGAUGAAGCUGUGAUCAAGUCCUGAAUCACACCGCGGACCUCUGCUGUAUUAUCAGAGGCUUCACUGAAUUAUCAUGUGCACACACAUACUCGUGUCAUCACGUGUUCGAAGCUAAAACAAACGAGCAAUAUCAGUGUGUGUGUGUGUGUGUGUGUGUGAGAUGGCUGGGAAGGUGAAGUGGGUGACGGACAUCGAGAAGUCGGUGCUGAUCAAUAACUUUGAGAAGAGAGGAUGGAUGCAGGUGACGGACAGCGACGACUGGAACUUCUACUGGAUGAGCAUCCAGACCAUCCGUAACGUGUUCAGCGUGGACACCGGCUACCGUCUGUCCGACGACCAGAUGGUCAAUCACUUCCCCAACCACUACGAGCUGACCAGGAAGGACCUGAUGAUCAAGAACAUCAAGCGCUACAGGAAGGAGCUGGAGAAGGAGGCCAGUCCUCUAGCGGAGAAGGACGAGAACGGGAAGCACCUGUACCUGGAUUUCGUGCCGGUGACGUUCAUGCUGCCGGCCGACUAUAACCUGUUCGUGGAGGAGUUUCGCAAGAGUCCGUCCAGCACGUGGAUCAUGAAGCCGUGUGGGAAGGCGCAGGGCAAAGGCAUCUUCCUCAUCAACAAGCUGUCUCAGAUCAAGAAGUGGUCUCGCGACAGCCGCACCUCCACGUUUGUGGCGGCCAACAGCGGGAAGGAGGCCUACGUCAUCUCCCUGUACAUCAAUAACCCGCUGCUGAUCGGAGGGAAGAAGUUCGACCUGCGGCUCUAUGUGCUGGUCACCAGCUACAGGCCGCUGAAGUGCUACAUGUACAAACUGGGAUUCUGCCGGUUCUGCACGGUCAAAUACACCCCGAGCACCAGUGAGCUGGACAACAUGUUCGUGCACCUCACCAACGUGGCCAUCCAGAAGCACGGCGAUGACUAUAAUCAUGUCCACGGUGGGAAGUGGACGGUCAGUAACCUGCGUCUGUAUCUGGAGAGCACCAGAGGACGGGACGUCACCAAUCACCUGUUUGAUCAGAUCCACUGGAUCAUCGUCCAGUCCCUCAAAGCUGUGGCUCCCGUCAUGAAUAACGACAAGCACUGCUUCGAGUGUUACGGUUACGACAUCAUCAUCGACGACAAACUCAAGCCGUGGCUGAUCGAGGUGAACGCGUCUCCUUCGCUCACCUCCAGCACGGCUAACGACCGCAUCCUGAAGUACAACCUGAUCAACGACACGCUGAACAUCGUCACACCAAACGCCGAGAUCCCAGACUGCCGCUGGAACCGUAGUCUGCCCAAAGAGGCUCUGGGACACUACCAAGUGCUUUACGAUGAGGAGCAGGCUCUGAGCGAGAGCGCUGAACGGGACCUCAGGAGCCGCUCGGGUCAGCUGCUGGGGUCAAAGGGCAGCAGGUCGAGCAACGUCAGGCCCUUCCCGGCCACCUGGAAGUGAAAUCACAUCUGGAGAACUGAGAGAUGAUGACGUGCCCUGCAUGAUACAGCCGAGUCUGCAUGAGCGUAUGAGUAUAUCUGAAGAGCACAGGACACAGACUGAUGCAGUGAAGCUUCAUCUACAUACAUGUGUGUGUGUUUAUAUAUUUAACUGACUGAUCACAGCUGGAUUUGAGCGUAUGCUCUCAGUCUGGACUGUUUAAGCUCAAGUCUCAAUGUGUUUGAUCAGUGUAAAGAAUAAACCUUCACAGAUAUCAGUACAAUACAAUACAUUGUUUUUAGGGCUGCCCCCUAAUAGAGAAGAGAAGAGGCUUUGUCAACCAAAAGUUUUUUAGUCGCUUUGUCACAGAUUUUUUUUUAAAUCCACAGGAAGUGGACAGAUCGUUAACGGCUGGUCUUUGUGGUAAUAUAGUACAUCGGGCAGGACAUCCAAACGCUCGCCUGUCAUUCAUCAACCUUAAAUAUGGCUUAUCAUCUGAAAUAUAUUAGUAGCAGCAGCUUUACACAGCUGUUUGCGUUAACGUUAUCCCUGAGAAAUAUGCGCUGUUCUGUAUAAGUGUCUGUGUGGAAGCUGAACAUUAGCGCUCUCACUGCAGGACAGGUGGAGGCGCCAGAGUGAUCACUUGCUCUAAAAAGUCAUUUUUACUCAUACAGAUAAGAGUCAUACAUCUUUUGAUCUGUGAAGACUCUGUUUAUUUGUGUGUAUUCACAAUAACAACAACACAUUGCUUUCUUGUCAAAUGAAAGCAAAUAGGAUGCGCUUUCUGCCGUCUCGGUCUCCGUGAACUUAAGCGUGAAACUCCAAAACUCUGUGUAUACUUGCCUUACAGACAUGAUAAAUAUAUCUAUAGAGAGCGAACUUUCAGAUGAACCAAUUCGAAUGGAAAACAAAUAUUCUUAGAUUAUGUUAUCAAUAUGAAACGUGCAUACAGGCGCAUCCACUACUACAGAGAUCAUCUCUUACGCUGAAAACAAAGAAAGCACUAGUUUAUCAAUACAUUUUUAAAAUGUUAAUGCAGCCUCCUUACUGUUUUCUCUGACACAUUCAUAAUUAUUAUUUCUGCCGGUGUGCUGUGGCAAGCUUUAUGCAUGCGCUUGAGCGCUUAUUAGGCUGUGUAGCCAAUUAAAGGCUCAUUAUUAUGAUUUAAAUGGCUUAUUAAUAAACGUUUGAUUAGUCGACAAAUGCUAAAAAUGAACGACUACUAGUCGACCAGAAAAAUCUUUAGUCGAGGGCAGCCCUAAUGUUUUUUAUAUAGCACAUUUUAAACAGCUGAAGUUGACCAAAGUGCUGCACAGAGUAUACAAAAGAAAACAGAUAAAGGAAAUGAUAAACAAUAAAAUACAAACUGUAAAAUGGGUGAAGUUCAUCAAAACAGAAAUUCAUUACAUAGCAAGUCAAGAAAUAUUGAAUGCCAAAAAAAAAAGAGUAGACUUAAAAGUAGAUAAAGUAAAAAGCAGUUAUGAACUGGGAGACUUUUCCAUAACGUAGGGCCACCAACAGAAAAAGCACGAUCGCCUCUGAUUUUGAGUUGUCAUGUGAACUAGCAGUAAAACACUAUACUUUAUACUUUAAAGCCUGCUUGUUUUCACAAUUCAAGGGGAUAUAGAUUUGGGUGUCAUCUGCAUACAGGUGAAAAGAGGCCCCAUACUUGUUUAAACUGGAUCCUAGAGGAAGCAUGUAAAGGGAAAACAGCAAUAGACCAAGAAUCGAGCCCUGGGGAACACCAGACUUUAAAUAUAUUUCAGAUAAGGAUUGGUGUCCAAUACUAACAACAUACCUACUAUUAGUGAGAUAUGAACGAAGCCACUGCAACACCAUGCCCCGAAGGCCAACGCAUGUUUCAAGACGUGAUAUAAGAGUAUUAUGGUCAACUAAAUCAAAGGCAGAACUGAGGUUUAACAGAGCCAGAGCCAUACACUUCCCAGAGUCAGUAAUUAGCAUGAUAUCAUUCAAAACUUGUAAAAGAGCUGACUUAGUGCUGUGACAGGAUUUAAAACUUUCUUUCAAAAAUUGAAUUGAUAGUCAAAUAAGACUGAAGUUGAUUUAGAACCACUUUCUCAAAAAUUUUGGAAAGAAGAGACAAAUUUGAAAUAGAAAAAGUUAGCCAGUAAUGUGAAUGCAAAUUUGUUUUUUUUUGUUUUUUUAGUCAGCAGGUACAGUCCCAGUAUAAAGACAUUUGUUAAUAACAAUCAGGUCAGGGCCGACAGUCUCAAUAAUUUGUUCUGAGGAAUAAUUUAUAUUAAGGAAUUUGUAAAGAGGAAGUCUUUUGAAAGUGGCUUGGAGUCACAGCGCACAUGAAUAUUAAAAUCCCCAAAAUUAAAAUUCUAUUAUAAUUGGUGACAAUUUCCCUCAUAAAUUAAUAAAGGAAAUCCUUAUAUGCAUGAGGUGGUCUAUUGCAAAUACCACCAGAUAGUCUGAAGAAAGCUGAAACAGCUGAACUGUCAGUAUGUUGAGCCAUCUGUCGGUUAUAUCUAUAUCAUGAUCUCUGUGUGUAUGAUUUGCAUUUGCACCAAUGGACACAAUCCAGUGAACCAAAACAACUUCAAACGGUUGUUCCUCUGAACACUCUCUAAAUGUUCAUGUAGUGUUUUCUCCAGAAGUUCACAUAAUGUUCUCUCUGAGCAUCCUCUAAAUGUUCAUGUGCUGACAGGCAGGGCACCUUAAGAUAACCCGAGGCCCCUGGGCUACAGCUUUACACUAGCCCUCCACCCGCACAUACCCCCGAUAUUUAUUUAUUGUACUUACUUAGCUUCCUUAUUUAUGUUGAAUUUCGAAUUUCCUUGUUAUGCCGGUUAACAUUUACAGCACUGUUACUCAUAACAUGUGAAUAAAAGGGAAUAUGCAAAUUCAUUGUCCUCA